UGAACACGCCGAAAAGAGCCGAACCCGAAUGCGUGUGACCCACCGAGAGGAGCCGAGCCCGAGGCCGACUGACGAUUGACAGGGGCCUCGGAUCAGCUGUUUCGUUGUCUCGGCUCGGAUGUCGGUGCCCGGUUGAAAAGGGGGAGGAGGAUGAGCGGUGCCGGGGCCUCGGGUUUGGUUGCCGGGCUUGAUCAGUUGCUCCGCUGUCAGGAGAGUUACGCGUGUAGCGCUUCGGAGGCGGCCUUUGAGUGUGAUGAGUGCGGUAGUCUACAGUGUGCGGUGUGUGAGCGAGAGUUGCACAGCCAGCCCCGACUCAGGGAUCAUGAAAGGAGCCGCCUGAAACCCGGACACCUCCCGUAUUGUGACCAGUGCAACAGCAACAAACCGAGCGGGGGCCGGCGCCGGGCCUGCUGUCGCUGCCUGGCCUGCAAGGUCAACGUGUGCGCCGAGUGCCACCGCCGGGGCCACUCGAACCGCCGCAAGCAUCCGGUCAAUAACUACCCGCAGCCAGAGGUCGAGGCCGGACUCGGGGAGGACCAGAAAGAGCACCGAGAACUCGAUAGGCUGAGGAGCCAAACUGCCAGUAGCUUCCUCCUGGUGGAUGAGCAGGAACAGAUCCAGGUGGCAGAUGAAGAGGAAUUCAUUCAGAAACUUGGCUGCAAAACAGAUGAAAACCUCAAAGUAGUUUCAAUCUUUGGCAACACGGGUGAUGGCAAAUCUCAUACCCUUAAUCAUACCUUUUUCUAUGGGCAUGAAGUUUUCAAGACCUCCCCUGCUCAGGAAUCCUGCACAGUCGGUGUGUGGGCAGCGUAUGAUCCUGUUCGUCGUAUUGUUGUCAUUGAUACUGAAGGCUUACUGGGAGCAACUGCCAACCUUGGUCAAAGAACAAGAUUGCUACUCAAAGUACUUGCUAUAUCUGAUAUAAUUAUUUACAGAACUCGUGCAGACAGAUUACACAAUGACCUCUUUAAGUUUCUCAGUGACGCAUCUGAAGCUUACCUUAAACAUUUUACAAAGGAGUUGAAAGCUACCACUGCAAGAUGUGGAUUGGAUGUUCCAUUAUCUACCCUGGGGCCAUCAGUCGUAAUCUUCCAUGAGACAGUGCAUACUAAAUUAUUGGGAUCUGGUAAGCUGUACAAAAAUCUUUUGUUGUUGUUCAAUCUGGAUAUUCUACAACCGGAUCUUGACUUUUAUUUCAUUUCCUGUUAUGAGCAUGGAAAAGAAGUGAUUGUAGUGCCAAAAACAUCUGCUUCCACAGACUCGCCAUGGUUGGGUCUUGCCAUAUAUGCAUGGUCAGGGUAUGUAAUUGAGUGCCCAAAUUGUGGCAUCAUUUAUCGUAGUCGGCAAUACUGGUUUGGCAACCAGGAUCCAGUGGACACUGUGGUGCGAACAGAAAUUGAACAUGUUUGGCUUGGAAGUGAUGGAUUUCUAAAGGACAAUAACAAUGCUGCGCAGCGAUUGCUGGAUGGCAUGAAUUUGAUGGCACAGUCGGUUUCGGAAUUUGGUGCAAAACCAACCAAAGCAGUGACCGCUUGGCUGACAGACCAGAUUGCACCAGCCUACUGGAGACCAAACUCUCAGAUUAUUACUUGUCAUAAAUGCAAUAAACCUUUUGAAGAUCAGGAAACAAAGCAUCACUGCAGAGCUUGUGGCGAAGGAUUUUGUGAUGGUUGCUCGUCAAAAUCUAAGCCCGUUCCAGAACGUGGUUGGGGUUCAGCUCCAGUCAGAGUUUGUGAUGGAUGCUAUGAAGCUGCAGUAAUCAGAACUGAUGUCGUAGACCAAGGUGGUGAUGAAAGUGGUACAAUUAUCGCACGGAAAGUUGGUGAAGCUGUGCAGAACACCUUUGGAGCGGUGGCCACAGCAAUCGAUUUUCCAUUGGGUCUUGUGAAAGAUGCAGCCAGACCAUCCUACUGGGUGCCUGACCACGAGAUCACUGAUUGUUGUUAUUGUCGGAAAGAGUUUACAGCAAAGAUGUCCAAGCAUCACUGCCGAGCCUGUGGGCAGGGUUUUUGCAAUGAGUGCUCUCAGGAUCGGCGGACAGUCACUUCACGUGGAUGGGACCAUCCGGUGCGAGUCUGUAUAAACUGUAAUAAAAAGCCAGGUGACCUCUGAUUGGCACACUUGGAAAUAACAAUGCUGAUCUAACACCAAAUUUUAACCCAAAUUAUUCAUUUCUUAAUUAUCACAUAUGCAUGACAUUUCAAAAAUAGAAUAGAAUUGUUAAAAUAGUUCUUAACCCUACGAUUUCAUGAACUUGACAAGAGGUAUAUUUUUUAAAGGUUCUGGAUAAUAACCAGACUUCAAUAGAAACUUGGUCAUAUCAUUGUAGAAAGUUGUUUUCUUAUUCAACUCGCUGUUCAUGUUUGUGAUAUUCCUCAUGGACACUCAUCAGAACUGACCUUUCUGUAAAUCCUGUAUUUGUAUGGAGUGAGUUGCCAAGUCUACUUAUAAUUAUAUACGUUGCAAGAAGUGACGUCUGCUUAAGUGGAUGAUACCUUCAAGUUUUAUUAUGUGUAACAGCACUCUAGCUUUCUCAGUGCAGAUAUUUCUCCUAUAACACGAUAGUUGCAUUCUUGUGCAAACUCGCGCUAUAGAAAAUUGCAUUAUAAGGAAAUUGUUAUAAUUGUACAGUAGAAAGUUGGCAUUAUUCAAAUGCAUUACAGCCAAUUUGCGUUAAUGAAACACGUUAUGACAGAAAUACCUGUAAUACUAUUGUUGAGGCAGUCACAAGUAGCCCCACUGUGCUGCCAAGGCCCCAGGGUAUCAAUAGAAGUCUGCAGUAAUGCAGGCUUCUCCCCCUCUGUUGUAGUCUUUAAAAUGUACUGAGGAACAAGUUCCUAAUGUACCUUGACACCUUUCUGAAAAGUUUAUUUAUAUAAAAACAUAUGUUUUUUUGUUAGUGCUGCACUGGUAUCCAAAAUACUUAUUGAUAAAUGGUAUCAACAUGUUCAUGGAAAAUAUUACAAAUUUAUGGUUUGUGAAUGAUUUAUGUAAAUAAAUAGAUGGAUGUCCUUUACAUUG